UGCCGGCCACCCCUCUUGCUGCUUGCCCGGUUGGUUUACGUUUCUGACAGUGGCUCGAGCGAGCGGUGACAGCCAAGCCAGCAGUCGUCAGUGCGCCGUCGUGCUGUGCGUAGCGUCUCUGCGUGCUGUGCGCCGUGAAUACUCUUACCGCGUGGCCGGCCAGCCAGCCAGCCAGCUGUCAAACGCGCCACCGACCGACCGAUCCACUUAUCGAACGGGCCAGCGCUUCCUAGAGCGUCGAUACGACUGUCGAGAUAAACAUUCGGCUCGUCCCGAGAAUUUCCCUCCGUCGAGUGUUUCCUCCCGUUACACCGGCUCGUGUUUUCCGGGCAACCGAUCGAUACGAUCGUCGUUUUUGUUUUUCAAAACAGAGACUCACGGAGAAGAGGAAGAGCAACUAGGAAGGAUUGCUACGAUCUCUCGAAGUGGCUCGAUGAAGUAAGAUGCGCAUUGUUGCGAAACUUGCCCUCUGCGAGUUAUCGACCAGCGGAUCGCGCCGUGCAGUUUACCCCGCGAUCCACGCGUGCACGUAAUUCCCCGGGCACAGCGGACGCGCGUCGUUUCCCCGAAACAACGAGACCGAUCUCGAACGAGGAAAGUUGUUAGUUUUUCGACAUUCAUCGGCGACCACGAAUAUGACCGAGUUGGCAAAAGAAGCUUUCGCCUCGCGCAACUAUCGUCUAGCGGUGGAGAUGUACGAGCGUAGCUUGAAACAGCAAGCUCCGAGCUUCGAGGUGCUCGUCGGCUACGGGGAUUCCCUGGCCAAGUGUGGUCGGAUCAGGGAGUCCAUCGGUGUUUACUCGAGGUGUUUGGCGGUGGGCUCCGUGCCACCGGAGAGAUUGAAGCACCUGGCGAACGCGUUGUUGGACGAAUUGUCCGGUGCAGCCACCACGGCCACCGGCUUCAGGAGGAAGAUCGAGACGUCGUUCGCGUGUUCUCUCUGCGAGGGAACCCUUUGCCAACCGGUGACCACGAACUGCGGCCAUACGUACUGCAAGAACUGCGUGGAGCCGGGCAAAAGCUGUCGCGUGUGCGGGCAAAAGAUCGUCGCUGUGAGUGAGACGAAUGUGCUGGUGCAGAGACUGGUGGAAAAGUGGUGGCCACGCGAAGCAGAGGCCAGCAGGGCGAGACACGAGGGUGACAUUCUGAUGAAGGAGGGCCACCUGGGUCAAGCCCUCGAGAGGUACAACCUCGCGGUGCAUCUCGCGCCAAACAGCCCACUCCAUCUUAGCAACAGGGCUCACGUUUUGCUCCUGCUCAAUAGGCCUCAAGCCUCCCUCACGGACGCUGAUCAUGCUGUUAGGCUACGACCGGACUGGGGCAAGGGCCAUUACAGACGAGGGGUGGCGCUGUCAGCGCUGGGCAGGCACGAGGAGGCGCUGUUUGCCCUUUGCAUUAGCGUGGCCAUUGACAAGAAUCCUCAAGCUGUGCGUCAUGAAUUGAUCAAGGUGCUGUACAAAGUGUUGUCGUCCGGGCAUCGUCGUUACAGCCUGCCGUCCCGCGCACCCUACAACCUCACCGAGGGUGCAUCGCGCACGAGGAGUCGGCAUCAGUUGAUGAACCCCAAGAGGAACCGUCGGGCGGCUCUCAAUGUCUCCGACUGCGAGGAUAAUAGCAGCGGCGGAGAAGAUGAAUUUACACAGACCGUUAGCAGAAGACUCCUGUCAACCACGGCACCACAAAACAACACCAAGUUACAGGCUGGCCUAGAUCGCCUCUACCAGGACAUAGAAAAAUUGAGAAGGCUAGAACCGAGACCCGCUGAGAUCCUUCUUCCGCCCCUUUCCGGGGGCACGGCCGGCGAGUUGGAUUGCAUCCUGUGCUGUCGACUCUUAUGGAAACCCGUAACGACGCCAUGUGGGCAUACGUAUUGUUGGAUGUGUCUGGAUCGCUGCUUGGACUACUCCUCGGCCUGUCCCUUAUGCGUCACGUCUCUUGCCGAUUACUUGGCCAGCAGCCAGAAGACGGUGACGGACUUCGUGGAGAGGGCUUUGAAGACCGUGGCCCCAGCGGAAUACGCCUCCAGGGCAGCCAGCCACCGAUUAGAACUGGUCCAGGGACUUGGCCUCCUGGGCAGCGAGCAGAUCGCGGUUUUCGUUUGCACCACGGCGUUUCCCUGCGUCGCCUGUCCCCUGUUCGUCUACGAGCCGAGAUACAGGCUGAUGGUGAGGAGAUGCGUGGAGAGUGGCGUUCGCCAGUUUGGUAUCGCCGCCUGUCUUAACAGGGAAGCGACAGGGACGAAGAGAUACGCGGAAUACGGUACCAUGCUCGAUAUUCGAGACAGGGUUCUGCUGAAAGAUGGCUGCAGCAUCCUCAGCACGGUCGGUGGAAGGAGAUUCAGGGUUCUCUCUGGAGGAGAAAGGGAUGGUUAUGAUACGGCACAAGUAGAAUUCCUGAGAGACACCAUGGUUCAGGACGAUCAACUGUUGAAUCUCUUAGAACUACACGACAAGGUGCGAACAAAAGGUAGAAGGUGGUGGGACACGGUACCGUUGUCCCAGCAAUUAGAAAUACAGCGAGUAUUCGGUCGAAUGCCAGAUACAGAAGAGGACUGGCCGCGGUUACCAGAUGGUCCAUCGUGGACUUGGUGGUUGCUAGCGAUCUUACCGCUUGGGCCUCAGUUGCAAGUGGGAAUUCUCGGCACCACGAGUCUGGAAAAGAGAUUGAGAGCCAUCGAGAAGACUCUCGAUCAUAUGGAGCAAAGGCAGCUGACCGUUGCACCUGCAACUUCAGAGGAAACAACCACUUCCUCCAGUAUAUGCCGAGACGAGGGUGGCAUAACGGACACCACGGUGUCAGUGGUUCAGCAAUCUUAAAGGAACAAAGAUGAAAGAAGGAAGAAGUCCUGACAGGACGAUCCGUUCAGACCAUUUCGCCAUGAGAUGGUGAUUUAAUGGGAUUCGACUUUCACUCGAUGUACAAAGUACUUGGAGAGUAGCUUAUCGAAGAUUACUACUUUUUACUCGGUAUUUAAUAUACACGCAUUAUAUCCGGAAGUGAGGCGAGGAAAACCUGUAGCUCGGUCGAUCGCCAGUCGGGUUUUCCGUAUGCAUCGACCCCCCACUUUUCUUCUUAUACUUAACCCCGUUAGUUGCGUUUUAACUCGAGUACUGUCUCUCUUUCUCUCUUACUGGGUACUCGUUAAACUUACACAGCCGAGCGCCUUAUCGACGAAACGAUGAUGGAGCAAUUAGAGGAAGCUGGGCUAGGAUCGAACAGAGAGAAGCAUCGGUUGUCAUUCGAGUAAUUGUUUCGAUCCAUUAGUGGAAUCUUAUUGGGGUGGGGGGGUGCAAAUGACGUCCGUUUGGAAAUUGAUCUCGUCGAUUUAAGAAUUAUAGCUCAUCCAAAAUUAAUCCUAGUCGUCGAGAAUCGUGUACGCGAUGCUUCCGAGCAAUAUCACAAGCAAUCUGCUCUUUUACAAUCUCGCUACGUUCUUCGACAUGCGUUUCUUGACAAGAGAUUGAUGACGGAGUAGUUGGACUAGUACCAUCGGUGUAUUUUCUAAAUAUACCGAGAUCGAUAUAUUCUUAAGAGAAUUAAUUACACUCGCUAACGCGUGUUUUCCGUGUUAACAUAACAUCAGUUAGCAUCCCCAUACUACGUACAAUUAGGAGGUGUAGGCUUUCAGAAAUUUCAAUCACUGAUAUGUGUUAAUGCAAAAGACCAAAUAGCACAAAUUCGACACGCUCUAUGCCGCAUGAUAAAGAUUUUUAUAAACCUUUAGAAUCACGAUUAGUAAAUUGAUUGAGAAAAAGAAAAUUUAGUUAUAGGAAAAUAACGUAUUUUUCAUCCUCCGAUUCCUUUUAAAUCUGCCUAGUCUCGACCAAUGAAACCUUUACCUUUAGUAUCAUUUAUAAGCCCCACCGGUACCUCAUGCGACAGAGAGCGUGUCAAGCAACGUGGUGGGGAACUACUACUCAGUGACCAUGAACGACAAGGUGAUUUCGGAUGAGCUAUAUCGGAGGAUCACUGUGUUCUCGGCGUUGUUACAAAAUUAGCUAGAUUAUCGAUGACCAAUCGGUCCUCGAGUACACGUCUCAUAAUCGAAUAUCGCGUUAGCGUCGAUAGAAAUACGAACUCGGUAACGUUAAAAACUGUAGCCAAUCACAGACGUAUUGACCAAAAGUAGACGAUAGAGUCACAUAUCCGAAGACGAAAAGGGUAUAUCGUUUACCUCGGUAAGGCGUGACGGUGUUCUUCGCGCUGUUGCAAUACGCAAAUCUGUUCUUCCAGAUAAUAUUAUAUAUACAUAUAUCUAUAUGUAUACACACACAUUUAUGUAUACACGUAUAUGAGCAUAUUAUACGUUGCAAUCAGAGGUACGCACGUCGUCGUCGUUUACGCUUAUGUUGUUCGUACCCGAUGAGAACUUUUUACCUUCGAAACGAAUCACGCGAAUAUAUACUCAUAACGAUGGUACAAUGAUAGACGAAGAACGAGAUGUAAGUAUGUAUCUCGUCGUGGGUGUGCUGAGUACAAAACGUUCGUCGGAUACCAUGCACGAUAAGAAGGAGGUAUUUACAUCUGUCGUGCAUGGAACCAGUUUUAGCUCAUUCGAAUUGGUGAUUCCUGAACUUUGGGACGCGAAGAAAGUUUGAUUCCUGUCCCUGAUAUUUAUAGAAAUUAGAAGAUAUCUUUAGUUCUCGAAAGUGUAAUCUUUUAUUUUUAUAAAACGUGUACCUUUACUACCGAAAAAGUUAAGAUGCGAUUUUAGGGGAGAAAAGCAGGGAUGCGAUUGAUUUGAAAUAAUUAAAGGAUCGAGUUAGUAAACUUGAACAUUAGAGAGUGGGAGAAGAAAAUUGUAAUUUUAUACGACGUAUAGAAUUUGAAAAAAUAUUUAUUGCGUUAGCGAGAGUUAAGGUUAUUCGAAUAGAUGAUCCUUUGAUUAUUUUGGAUACUAUAUUCUUUUCGUAUUCGUGUUAAGAUUCAGAGGGUUCAGUAAAGUAUACUCUUGAAAUUUUUGUACGCGUCCCAGAGCGAGAAAUGCCGAUAUAGAUUGAUAAAUAUAGAGAUUGAGUUAGAUCUAGGAGAUGUUAAUUCGGAGAAACGAGAAAUUUUAGGUGGAACGUUCUAUUUUCACUCAGCUUCUCGUAAUGAGCCAUACUUGUUGGAAAGGAAUUUACAACAACGACCAGUUUAUGUGGCAAAAUGCUCUUGAUGUGGCACGAAACUCAAUUUUUUAUACUGUUCGGCCUGUAUUCAGAACGCUCUAGUAGA